UAUAUAACCCCCCACUCUCACUCUUCAUUAUCAAACUCUACGCUACCUCGAAACACUCAAAAAGCUAUCGUCGUUGCCAUCGAUUAUUCAGAUCUUAGAUCUAAUGGCAAAGGAUCCAGUUCGCGUUCUCGUCACCGGCGCUGCUGGGCAAAUCGGAUAUGCUCUUGUUCCUAUGAUUGCUAGGGGAGUUAUGUUGGGCGCAGACCAGCCUGUGAUCCUCCACAUGCUGGAUAUUCCACCAGCUGCUGAGGCACUUAAUGGUGUUAAGAUGGAAUUGGUGGAUGCAGCAUUUCCGCUUCUUAAAGGUGUUGUUGCCACCACUGAUGCCGUUGAAGCUUGCACUGGUGUGAAUAUUGCUGUGAUGGUUGGUGGAUUCCCAAGGAAAGAGGGUAUGGAGAGGAAAGAUGUUAUGUCCAAGAAUGUCUCCAUCUAUAAAUCCCAGGCUUCUGCUCUUGAGAAGCAUGCUGCUGCUAACUGCAAGGUUUUGGUUGUUGCUAACCCAGCGAACACCAAUGCGUUGAUCCUAAAAGAAUUUGCUCCAUCUAUUCCCGAGAAGAACAUUACCUGUUUGACUAGAUUGGACCAUAACAGGGCUCUUGGGCAGAUUUCAGAGAGAUUGAAUGUUCAAGUGUCUGAUGUUAAAAAUGUCAUUAUUUGGGGAAAUCACUCCUCAACACAGUACCCUGAUGUCACUCAUGCUACUGUAAACACACCAGCUGGAGAGAAGCCUGUACGUGAACUCGUUGCAGAUGACCAAUGGUUGAACACAGAAUUCAUCACAACUGUCCAGCAGCGUGGAGCAGCUAUUAUCAAGGCGAGAAAGCUCUCUAGUGCACUCUCUGCUGCUAGUUCCGCGUGUGACCAUAUCCGUGACUGGGUGCUUGGAACUCCAGAGGGCACUUGGGUAUCAAUGGGUGUGUACUCUGAUGGUUCAUACAAUGUUCCUUCUGGACUCAUUUACUCCUUCCCGGUUACUUGCAAGAAUGGAGAAUGGUGUAUCGUUCAGGGUCUUUCCAUUGAUGAAUUCUCGAGGAACAAGUUGGAUUUGACUGCUAAAGAGCUCAGUGAGGAGAAAGAUCUUGCAUAUUCUUGCCUGUCUUAGGUUUUCCCCAUAUUGCUCGAUGGCAAUGAAUAGAAGUCCAGCAGUUUUGAAUAAUGCCAUUGGAUUAUCAUCAAUGGUGAACCAACUUCACUGCAGUUGUUGAAGUACUUGUGUUUGAGAGAGAUUUUGCAUAUUGUUACAGACUUUAUUGCCAUCGACAGAUGUGUGUGUAACAUGAAAUAGUUCAUUUGAGAAAUUUCCAAAGGUUUCCAAGCUUUGUUUCA